AGUCAAUGUACAACCUUUUUCUUUUAUUUCCAGAUUUAUUCUAAACUGAUGUCAAAAGGACUGCUGCAUUAUUGAUUCAUUUUGAAACAUCAAUGGCUGAAGGCAGUAACAUCUUGAGAACUGCGUCAGGACAAAUCACUGAGGAGUGUGUUCCUAACUACUUGGGGAUUGACUACAGUUAUCAGUCGGACGUGGACUACAUCAAGUGUGUGGACAAUUGCCAAAACAGCUCCACUAUUAAGCGACUAAGCCUUAAGAGGCGGCCCAGAGUGGCUGUCAAUAAUGCAGCAAAAGCACAGUGUGGUAAUUCAUCCUGCCAGUUACAUUCUGAAGAAUCCUCGUUAUCAUCUAGCAUUGAUGAUAAAAGACAAUUGGGCAUUUCUUCUUCAACCAGAGGUCGACCACCACUUCCUCCUCCACAUGGUUCCUCCUUGGAUAACAAGCUGUCAAGGAAUGAGGGACCAGCAAAGUCUCAAAUACUUCCUGAGUCAGAGCAUCAGCCUCCUGUAAGAUAUCUUGCUUUACAAAGACAAAGUCCUACAUUGGAGAGCCACAAGCAGUUGGAGGAGAAGGUGACCAGCCGUCCUCCCCCUCAGCCCCAACCCCGGCGACGACUGGCUAGCUUUGGAGGAGUAAGCUCCACUGGGUCACUUUCCCCCUUCACUGGCCUGGGGGCAUAUAAUCAAAACAACAAUGGGAACAAGCCUACUAGCACAGGGGUUGGUAUGCAAGUCCAACUCACCUCAUCCCUUGGCACCAGAGGUAGCACAGGGUGCCUGAGAUUGAGCCCACAGAGCUCUGGUAGAUCCACUCCAGUUACAAGUCAUGGUUCCAUGCACCUGCAACAUGUCCGUGACCAGAUGGUGGUAGCUCUGCAGAGGCUGAAGGAGCUGGAGGAGCAGGUGAAAAUCAUUCCUAUUCUCCAGAUAAAAAUCUCAGUCCUUCAGGAGGAAAAGAGGCAACUUGUCUCUCAGCUCAAGAACCAGAGUGACAAUGAGGAUCAUGAAGUGAUCUGGAGGAGAACUAACAGCAUGGAAAGGUCUGAUGUUGAGAACAAGGUUAAUACUGAAGAGGCACACAUGGUGCGAAGUGACCUCACCGACCUCAGGGAAAUCAGAAAACUAACUGAAGAGAUGCAGGCAUUGGAAAGAACAAUCAAGGGUGGACAUUUGCAAGCAUGGAAUGGGAAAGGUCACAGCCCUCUGUAUGACAAAGCAGUUGCAGAUUGUAAUGAUGAAGGUAUCACAUUUUCGAAACCUGUAAAAGAAAACAAAUAUGUGAACACUAAUCAGGUAGAGACCAGGUCCAUUGCAACAGAGGUGUCAGAAAUUAAUCUUGGAAUUUACACAGACAGAGAAGCAGAGCUUGAUGCCCAACAACUAAUAAUUUGUGCUCUGAAAGAGACAAUUUCUGACUUGGAAGCAGAAUUGAAAGAAUCAGCCCUCCAGACAGAGAUGAGCCGCCUGAAACUGGAGCUUCAGGCCGCAGGAGCUAGGAACCGAGCUGAUAAAGCAUCUCUUGCUAGGCCGUCCACUGUGAGCACCGGCAUCGAAGUGAGGCCUGACACCACAUCCCAGGGAGUUGGUAAUCACACAGAGGUCCAGGAUACCGGCACAGGGGAGGCAACAGAGGUGAAGAGUGUGGGAGUAUCUUGUUGUGGACCUGAUCUGAAGAAUGCUUGCACAGGACCAAAUGUUCCCAUGAGCCACUGGGAGGUCAGAGAGCGAGUUAAGACCAGGGAAAAGGGUGUAGGGAUUCAGGUUUCUACAAACACACAAGGAGUUAUGACAGAGAUAAAGUUGUGUGAUGCAGAAACCAACACAGAGGUACCAGUGGAGAUUCUUGGCUCAAAGAAAGGAAAAACUGAGUAUCAUUCAGUGGCUUGUGGGGACUGUUCUGUUGAUGUGAUCAUCUGUGAACCAAAGGAACUGGUUUCUGAAGGUAUGGGCACAGAUCCUGUCAGAAGAGCUGAUCUGGGAAUCAUGGUAGCACCAGUGACAUUUUCACAGCGUACAAACACUGUAUCAAGCUCAGUGUCUCGCUUUACCAACACAAGACAUGCAUUCAACACAGACUCCAGCACUAAUACUCUCCUCAGUACCCAAGACAAGCACACCAAUACCACUCAGACUGUCACUAGGGCUGUGUCAGUAGGGAACAGGGUCAGAGACAUCAACUGCACCCCGGAGACCCGUACGUUUGGUGUUGGAACUGCAAAUCUGGUAGGAAAUGCCUUAAAGCAAACACCAGGGAAAGUCGCCAAGGUAACCCGAGACACUGGAGUUGGGUUCACAAACAUUAAUGACAAUUUCCUGGUUGGACUGAAAACUCGAAAUAUGGCCUCUGGACCAUCUCAUCUACCUGACCCUAUCAAGACAAGAAGUAUCGGUGUAGGAGAGGGGAGGAUACGGGAUUUGGCAGCUUCAUGCAGUACACCUUGCCAAUCUACACAUUCUCCAUGGGACCCUGAGCUUAACCACUAUAUAGAAAAGAUGCAGAUGCUCCUGGGGGAGGAUGGGGACCUGCAGACAGAUGACUGCGCUAAGCAAUAUAGCAGUCGAGGAAAUGGCAGCUCCAAGUUGUCCUGCAAUAACAAUGCUGUUGCAAAACGAGGGAAAGAGGUCCAUCAUUUUGAUUCUCAACAACCAGUCAGUGGAGAGUGUGAAACUCCAUCUCAACGUUCAGUCCACUCUUCUCAAUGUGACAAAACAAACCCAGGAAUCUGCCAACAGGGCGGCAAUGAUUCUGAGGUGAAAAGAAUGAUACAGAUGUUAGAACAACAGGCAUCCUCUGCUCUGCAAGACAGGUCAGCCAAUCCUGGCGUGCUGCGGUCUGUGAUAAAGAAACAGAAUGGUGACCAAGGCUGUAGCAGCAACAGGAAGAGCAUGAAGUUCAUGAGGGUAACAACAGGACUGGACCCCAUGAUGUCUUACGAGCUUGCUGUCAGCGAGAAGGAAGUGGAAAAGACAGGAAACAAAAAACUGAGGGAACCGUCUCACGAUGGAACACAAGCAAGAAAGAGCAAAGGAUGCUGCAACAAGGGAUCGAAAGGGUCUGUAAAGUCACCCACCCAACAAAGGUGUAAGUUAAGUGAAAAGAUUUUUUCUGCUUGUCAAGCCUUAAAGAUGCACCUGAGUGAUGACACAGCUUUAUCCAGCAAGGAAUUGCACAACUGUCUACAAACACUCCAGCAAGAGUGGUUCUCUGUGUCCAGCCACAAGUGUGCUGCUCCUGACACUGUGGACGACCACUUGUUCUCGUUUCGGAUCAUUUCACCGACAGUAUUGCAACAUAUAGCAAAUAUGGCUGACGGCAAUGGAAACACAGCUCUGCACUACAGCGUGUCUCACUCCAACUUUCGAAUUGUCAAGAAAUUGCUUGAUGCAGAAGUGUGCAAUGUGAAUAAGCAGAACAAAGCAGGUUACACACCUAUCAUGCUUGCUGCACUUGCGGCUGUGGAAACUCCAGAGGACAUGAGAGUUGUGGAGCAGCUCUUCACAAGAGGAGAUGUCAACGCCAAGGCCAGCCAGGCCGGUCAGACAGCUCUGAUGCUGGCAGUGAGCCAUGGCAGAAUGGGCAUGGUGCAGGCCCUCCUGGCACAGGGGGCGGAGGUCAAUCUCCAGGACGAUGAGGGUUCGUCUGCGCUGAUGUGUGCAAGCGAGCAUGGGCACGCUGACAUCGUCAAACUACUUCUGGCGCAGCCAGACUGCGACACGACCCUGACUGACGGUGAUGACAGCACAGCCCUGUCCAUCGCACUGGAGGCAGGACAUAAUGACAUUGCAGUGCUCCUUUAUGCUCAUGCCAACUUCUCCAGAGGACAGGCAGGGCAGGCAGCUGCCCGUCACAGUGGAAGCUCUCUCUCCUCCUCUGGCGGUAGAAAUAAUUUGGAAUAAUGUGAUGGCCCGAAGCCUGAAUGGAUUCUUCAUGAGUCAUAUUUAUGAGUCAUUCAGUAUCAAUGCUCUCAUAACAAAGAGGCAGAUUCAACGGUGUACCCACCAAGUUGGUAAAAGCGUUUUUUUUAACGAUCAUAAUUCAACAGUUGACAGGAUACUAGUCAUUAUUCAGGGACCUGUGUUGUAGUAUUGCAUUUGUAUUACUUGACAUUGUGUAUCAUAUUACAACUCGGCAGGUGAUAUAUGCAUGGCAGAGUAUAUUACUGAUGUGUAUUCAUUAAAGAUAAGAAUUUAUGAUGUAUCCUACAGUUAUUUGUUACAUACAUUACUUUAGCAUUUUUGCAAACAAUAUUUAAAUUUCCAAUAUUUUACAACUUAAGACAACUAAAAAUGUUUUAUAGUUCAAAUAGCUUCAUAGAAUAAUAGAAUAUAAAUAAGUUAACGUAUAGGUCUAAUCUAAAAAAGACAUUGGGAACUUUUCCAUAUUUUCAUUGUAAUGUAAAAGAGAAGAUUUAUUUGUAUUAAUGAGUUGAUGUCUUGCUGUAUGUCAUUGCUUUACGAAAAGAAUUCCGAUGCAUGUUAAAUAUUUUAAACUGAUAUAUUGUUGAUUACACGUGAAGAAGUAUUUCCGCACUUUAGGAAAUAUGCUUAUUUGCUUUCGGAAUGAGAGUUUAAUGAGAAGAUUGACAUUGUUCUCACAUCUGUUAAUCAGGAAGCCCGCUGGGUUGUGGUACAAAUAACACAAACAAGUGAUAAUAGAUUAAUAAGUGCCCUUUAGUUGCUUUUGAACACAAAUUUGGCUUCUGACUGCAUCUUCAUAUUUAACAGACAGAUAUGAGAGUCCUAUUGGGCUUGUCCUCUGAAAAUGAAUGUCAAACUACUCCUUUAAGGGGCGUCUACAUUAAAAUGAGUUUUGACUGAUGAAGCCAAAAGUGUCUUCUUGUCACUUGACUGUUAAACAUUUCUUUCAAGUUGAAUUAAAUGUUUGUGUGUACACUUAAAAUCCUGUACAGUAGAUGAAGUGUUGUACAUUUACAGUAUCGUUUUACAGUGUAAGCUACACUAUGUUGUGUGCACCUUACUUUACUAAGGUAUACACAUUUUACACGAGUCUCGCAUUACGUCCAGUUCUUUAAGUG